AUGCAGCCACCUAGUUCAGAAGAGGACAUAUUGAAUUUUAUGGCCGUUACCGGGUGUUAGGAUUAUUAGAAAGCAUAGUCUUACAUUUAAAUGGCUGAAAAUAAGCUUGAUAAUGCAAUUCAACUCUAUAUGGAUUUUGAGGGAGGUCAAGGUCAAAGUGCCUAAUAGAAGACAUAAUAAGAUUAAUAAUAACAGAGGUCAACCAUUUAAGAAACUCCAAAGGGAAAUGUUUAAAGAUCUAAUUAAGGUAAUUCCAGAUAACCUCAAGAUGUCGCAUUGAUUGAAAAAUAUCGGAAAUAUUAAGAGGAAAAGAGAGCAAAAGAUGAGGGCAUAAUGAAAAAAACUCUUCAAAUGGGUGCGAAUUUAUUCUCUUAUUUUUUUAAUAAUCCACCUAAUUAUGGUAAUGAAUUCUUGCAAUAUCUCAAACAACACUAGAUUCAAACAGAGAUAGCAUUUCAAUCUGGAAACUUUAAGGACAAGAUGUAGAAAGCGAAUGAAGAAACUAGGCCAUUAUUAGUUUAUUUACAUAAUCAUUAAAGUUUAUUGAUAUUGUAGAAAAUGUCUAGUUGCAAGCCCCUUACCACAAUUCUAAAUAGGAAUUACAAUAUAGUUGGAUUCUUGAAUAGUCCAUAAGCUUAUGAGCAAAUGCCAAAUAAACCAGAUCCUCCUGCAAUUUUAAUUUAUAAAUUAGAUAUAGUCGAUGAAGUUGUGUUAAUGGAGCAAUUCUCUUUAUCGAUAGAUACCAAUUUUGAAGAAGUAGCAUAAAAAAUUAAGACAUUAAGGGCUGCUUUCAAUAAGGAAUAUAUUUAUAUAGAAAAUAUCAAAAAGGAAGUCAAUUCUCCUAAUUAACCCAACCUAAAUCAUAGUCAAUAUUAUUAACAAAGUUUCCACUAAGUUUAGCAGUAAUAGCAAUCUCAAGUUUAAAGACAGAAGGAAGAUUAAAGAGAAAGAGAUUUGUUAAUUUAAUAAUAAAAAGAAGCUUAUCGUUUUGCUGAGCAAUAAGCUAUAGAGAAAAAAAGAAAGGAUGAAGAAUUAAGAUUGUAAGAAUAAGCCAAGUAACUUGAACAAUAGUAAAAAGAAGAGUAAAGAUUAUUGAAAAAAGCUUAAUUAUUAUCGAAUCUACCUGAAGAACCUUAGAAUUCAGAAGGUAUUUCCAUUCUGUUCCGAUUUAUAAAUGCAACGAGAACAAGAAGGUUUCACUUUAAUGAUAAAAUCUAAGUGUUAUUUGAUUUUGUUGAAAGUCAAGAGGACGAUUGUUUUAAUGAUCCACAUUCCAAAAUUGAUUUAAUCUAAAAUUACCCAAGACUAUCCUUAAAGGACAAGACUGAAUCCAUCAUAAGCGAAGUGUUUGUUGAUUCUGAAAUGGAAUAAUUAAUUGUAGAUGAACAAGAGUGA